AGAAAAAGGCAUUUUGGAGUGUUUCGACAUCCGGACGGGGCGGUCUGCGGCGGCGCUGCGUGCGGGCGAAAUUUCGAGCUCAGUCACUGCAGCAGCAUUUUCUCCAACUUCUUUGGAAAUUGCAAUUGGCACUUCAAAUGGAUUAUGUUUAUUAUUUGAUUUGCGAUCUCCGAAGCCUUUGGGGGCCUUCAACCACAGGAACUUCUCCCCAGUCAACACGCUCCAGUGGCUGCAGCAGCAGCCUGCUGCAGCAGCAGCAGCAGCAGCUGAGGAGCACCCCGCAGCAGAAGCAGCAGCAGCUGCUGCUGCUGCAGCCACCAGCAGAAUCGCAAGCUGCGACGGCGUCUCCAUCAAAGUCUGGACACCAGGCAACUUCGACAGCAGCAGCAGCAGCAGCAGCAGCAGCAGCAGCAGCAGCAGCAGCAGCAAACUGCUGGCGAGCAUCGAGGCCCCUCUUGUGUGGGAAAACCCGAUGGCGCCCCGCAACGACAAGCAGGAGCAGCAGCAGCAGCAGCGGCAGCAGCAGCAGCAGCAGCGAGUUGUCCGUUUUACUUCAUUUUCUGUAUUUGGAAAUUCGGGUUUAUUUCUGGCUUCCACAGACCACAGACAAAUGGCAGCAUACUUUGUCCCUUCUCUGGGCCUCGCUCCGAAGUGGUGUUCCAUGCUGGACAGUUUGACGGAGGAGCUGGAGGAGCAGCAGCAGCCCGGGAGCGCAGCAGCAGCAGCAGCAGCAGCAUUUUCUUCGCUGCAGUUCUUAACUGAGCAGCAGCUGCAGCAGCUAAAUGCGCAGCACCUCAUUGGCAGCCCUUUAGUCACUCGUUAUCUCCAUGGCUACUUCAUUGCCAAAGAACUCUAUGACCAACUCAAGGCAAGCAGCAGCAGCAGCAGCAGCAGCAGCAGCAGCAGCAGCAGCAGCAGCGGCAGCAGCAGCAGCGGGAGCGGUAGUAGCAGUGGUAGUAGGCGCAGCAGUGGGAGCAGCUGCAGCCUCGCCGCAGCAGCGACGGCGUGGGCAGCAGCAGAACCCUUCGCGUUUGAGGCGUACAGACAGCAGAAAAUCAAAGAGAGACUUGAAAAGAAAAAGACAAUGCGCAUACAGGUGCGGCGGAAGCUGCCAAAGACAAAUGCCGAAUUUGCUGAAAAACUGCAGAGGACUUUGGAGGCCACAAAGGAUAGUAACAGCAAGAAGCAAAAGCGGGAGGCGGCAGUUGCUGCUGAGCUGCUGCAAGACAGCAGAUUUAGCCGCUUGUUCACAAACCCUGAUUUCCAGAUGGAGCAGGAGACGCAUCCGGUUAUAGCGCUUUUCUUCGCCUCCUUGUUCUAA